GGUUGCCGGCAGCCGGUGACGGGCGCGCUCGUUACCCCGGCGCGCGCCGGCGUGUGUUGAGAUCUUCAUGGGAGACCAGGUAUGUUUUACUCCUCCACCCUGAAGCAUGGCAUGUGGCACUGUCACCUUUUCCUGCGGCGGAUUUCCUGACUGGCUCCAGAUCCACUGUUUGACAAGCAAACACACCUCUCACAAUCCUGUAGCAGUUUUGCAGGUCAGGACAAAAUCUUAUUGGAAUCAGGAACAUGAGGAUGUUAAUACUGGAUCAGUCCAUCCACUGCGUGGCUAUUGCAUCAGAGGCAGAUUUGAUGAAAAGGAGAAUGUAUCAAACUGCAUCCAGCUGAAGACUUCAGUUAUUAAAGGUAUUAAGAAUCAGCUGAUAGAUCAGUUUCCUGUUAUUGAACCAUGGCUAAAUCAGAUUAUGCCAAAGAAAGACCCUGUCAAAAUAGUAAGAUGUCAUGAACAUAUAGAAAUCCUCACUGUGAAUGGGGAGUUGCUGUUCUUCAGGCAAAGAGAAGGGAUUUUUUACCCAACCCUAAGGUUACUUCACAAAUAUCCAUUUAUUCUACCACAUCAGCAGGUUGAUAAAGGAGCGAUUAAAUUUGUACUAAGUGGAGCUAAUAUAAUGUGCCCUGGCCUGACAUCUCCUGGAGCAAAACUUUACCCUGCUGCUGUUGAUACUGUUGUUGCAAUAAUGGCAGAGGGAAAACAGCAUGCAUUAUGUGUGGGAGUAAUGAAGAUGUCAGCUGAAGACAUUGAGAAGGUCAACAAAGGGAUUGGUAUAGAAAAUAUCCAUUAUUUAAAUGAUGGCCUUUGGCAUAUGAAGACGUACAAGUGAAACAAAAGGAACUGUGUUACUCCAAAGGAAUGCACUUAGAUUAAAUGUGGACUGCUUUGUAAUUCCUUCUGUUUUUAAUGUGACUGAAUGUACAAAUUACUUUGUUCUGUGGCUAUGCUAAAUAAAUCAAGUGAGUGCGAAAGUA